AUGGCGUAUUACGAAUCAUCCUUCCCUACUCUUUUUCGAAGAUGUGUUGAAUGCGAUGGAGCCAGUCCGGCAUGUCCGAGUUGUGCCGAUGAUGAGAUUUGUUCCCUCGUCCCACCCACUUGUACAGCAUGUCAACAGACAGUGUGUGUGGCUUCUUCUGCUGCACCUUCGACGACUGUUAGUUCAUCUUCAUCAACGAAAUCCGGUCCAAAUGCAGGCGCUAUUGCGGGAGGAGUCAUCGGAGGAGUCCUAGCGGUCGCAGCCGUUACUUAUCUCGUAUGGAGGUUCUGCAUCAAGACGAAGCGACAACAAUUCGAGCAAGAUGACUGGAUAGAGAACCAAGAGCAAGCCAAUGGAGAGAAAGAUUUUGCAAUGCGAAGGGACGCAAGAGCUUCUACACAUACCGUUGGAUCAAUUGCAUCUACAGUGCUUACACGAGCAUCGAACAUCAUUCAAAUCGCAUACAUCCCAGGUGUUACCAACAGAUCCACUCCAUCCACUCCAGGUCUUCUUGUUCCUCCAGUUCCUCCGAUCCCAAUUGCUUUAUCAAACUCAUCUGGAUCGCCAAGAUAUGAGCAAGAACAUUUCUUCAUGCCAGGAGAUCUACGUGACUCAACAUACAGUGGAAUUAGUGGAAUUGGUGAACGGAACUCGUACGCACGAAAUAGUGUGGCAUCUACUAUAUACGGAAAACAAGCUAUUGUGUCACCAGUUCCAGCUCAGACAGUCAUUCGAGGAAAAGCAGCUGUUGUCAGUGUCAACAAAGCGGGAGGAAGUUCAUCUGGUGGCACCAUCACCCCUCCAGUUCCAAGCGUUGAUUUCAAAAAAUACUCUGAAAACCCCCCUAGCCCAGCAUUCUCUGUAGGCAGUACAUUCUUGAAUGCUGCUAGUGCUGCGACAAUGACCAAACCACAAGUCAUUCGAGUGAACUCUACCUUAUCAAAAGCAACUUCACCUGAGCCUACAAAAGCGACAGGAGUCCCAUCAUCAUUAUUUCCCCGAGACUCUAAUGCUAUCACUUUAAUCGAAGAUGGCACGCCAAUCACACCUCAAGGACCUUUUAGUGAUCCUCCCAACACAGGUCGAAAAUCGGAUGCUAGUUUAUCAGCCAUGACACAAGAUGCAACGAAAAAGUCGCACGGAGAUGUAUUCUCAGACCAACAUGAAGUAAAGGAAUAG